AUGUGGCGCACCUAUCAUGGCCGUGAUGGCCCGCGCACCUUUGGCGUGCGCGUGGCGCAGCCGCACCAACACCAUCUCGCUGCCGGCGACCUUGAUCUAUACUGCGACAACCGCGUCAUCACCAGCAAGUAUACGCUGCUCACCUUCUUGCCCAUCAACCUCUUUGAGCAGUUUCAACGCAUCGCCAACUUUUACUUUUUGAUCCCAGGCGUGGCCAUCAUUGAACCCAUCACCAGCGUUCUCCCUCUUCUCUUCGUCAUCGGUGUCACUGCUAUCAAACAAGCCUACGAAGAUUACAAGCGCCAUCAAGCGGAUGCCGUCAUCAACCUCUCAGAAUGCAAGACUUUACAAGCAGACGGCACGCUUGCGCCUUGCUAUUAUAAAGACAUUGUAUGUGUGCCACGUCGCGGGCUGGAUGCCACUUACAUCUACCAUGGACAUGAUCGUGGCCGCCUUAUUGCCAACCUGCUUCUUGUACAACAGGCUGUGGGCGAUAUUGUCCAAGUUUGUAAUGAACAAGAAAUCCCAUGCGAUCUCGUGGUCGUGGCCUCCGCCCUCGAGAGCCGUGAUUGCUACAUCACGACGGCCAACCUUGAUGGCGAAUCCACACUCAAGGUGCGCUACUGCCCUAAGCUCUCGCAGGGCUGGGGCCCUGCAGAACUGGCGCGGCAAGACAAACUGACUGUCGAAGCCGGAGUUCCCAACGCCAUUUUGUAUGAUUUCGAUGGGCGCAUUCGCUCCGGAGAAACUGUUGAGGCGCUGACCACCAAGAAUGUUCUGCUCAAGGGCGCACGACUCAAGGGCACGCCGUGGGUACUGGGCAUCGCCGUCUAUACGGGCGAUGAUAGCAAGCUGGCUCUCAAUCAGCCCAAGACUAAAUAUAAAUUCUCCACUGCUGAAUCGCGACUCAACAUUUUUUUGGCCUUUUACUUCCUCUGGCUCAUUCUGGUCUGCACCAUCUCCACUGUCUAUGGAGAAGAAUGGCGCUCCGACGCCCGGCGCUUUUGGCCUUUGCGAGGACAAGACACUCAAAUCGCCACCGAUUUGACCUACCGAGUGGGCGACGUCAUUGUAACCUGGCUACGCUUUAUGCUUCUUUACAACUGGGUCAUCCCUAUCAGCCUUUACGUCACACUCGAAUUGCAAAAGCUGGCAGGCUCGCUCCUCAUCAAUUGGGACCUCAAGCUGUACGAUGAGCACCUGGACGAGCCUGCCACGGCUCGCACCUCUGACCUUAUUGAAGACCUGGGUCAGGUCGAACACGUUUUCGCUGACAAAACUGGGACGCUGACAGAAAAUCGCAUGGUAUUCAAAAAGUGCAACGUGCGUGGCCAUGCUUUUGAAGUCCAAGGCGAUUAUGAACGACUGGUUCCGGCUGGCUCUGAAAAGACCAGAGCCUCUCUCAAUAGCGCAGCUGGACCCAGUGCUCUCAACACGGCGCCGUCGGACGUAUGGCACGACACGUCCAGCAUUCGGGAAAUGUUCAUGUGCCUGGCUCUUUGUCACACCGUGUCCUACGAGGAUAGCGUGGACGAAAGCGCACAGCACACAUUCACUCGCCAACGAAAAAUGACCUCAGUCUCACCCGACGAAGAAGCCCUCGUGCGCGCUGCUGCUUUGCCAGAGGUUGGAAUCCAUUUCUUUGACCGCAGCGAUGACACGAUUCAACUAGAGAUUGACGGCCAACGCAUCGAAUAUGAGCUCCUGCACAUUAUGGAAUUUUCUUCUGCUCGCAUGCGCAUGAGCGUGCUCGUUCGCGAUCCCAAUGGCCAGGCCACCCUGUAUACCAAGGGAGCUGAUGCUGCCGUAAUGCAACGCUGCCGGGCGCAAUCGUCACCACAAUCAACAACAGAAGAGCAGCAGGCUGAACUUCACCAACUUCAAGAACAGCUGGACGAGUACAGUCGUCAAGGGUUGCGUACUUUGGCCGUGGCUGCUCGUCAACUCUCCGCGGAUGAGCUGGAGCAUGCCAUCGAGCUGCUGACGGAAGCUAGUCAAGCUAUGGAAGAUCGCAAGGGCAAACUACGCGAUGCAUAUGAGACCCUGGAGCGUGACCUGGACUUGAUUGGCGUCACGGCGGUGGAAGAUCGUCUUCAGGAUGGUGUGCCUGAAACCAUGAUUGCGUUGCGCGAGGCGGGCAUUCGCACCUGGGUCUUGACCGGUGACAAGGUGCAAACAGCCAUCAACAUCAGCCUGUCCGCGGGUCACUUCUCCCAUUCAGCCACGCAGCUCAAGUUGCUAGGCUUGCGCGAGGCCGAUGCCUGCGGCCAAGCCCUCAAAGAGCUGCUCCCUCAGCCCUCGAGCACCACACUGAACUGUUCCGUGAGGUUGCCACCUUCGGUCAGCGACGAAGAUGGCAACUCUGUACAGGGUGGCGGCAAAGCCGUGGCGGGCCGCAAACCAGUGACGUUGGCAAUUGGCGACGGUGCUAAUGACGUGGCCAUGAUUCGCGAGGCCCACGUUGGUGUUGGCAUCCUUGGCAAGGAAGGACGGCAAGCGGCCCGCUCAAGUGACUACUCCAUCGGGCAAUUUCGCUUUCUGAAACCGCUUCUUCUGGUCCAUGGCCACUACUGUUAUUGGCGAAUCGCAUACACGAUUCAGUUCUUCUUCUACAAGAAUUUGGCCUACAUUCUGCCUUGCUUGUUCUAUGGCCCCAUCUCGCUGUUCUCGGCCCAAGUCAUUUAUGAACAAUGGAACCUGACGUUUUGGAAUCUCUUUUUCACCUCUUUGCCAGUUUUAUGCUUUGGCAUUUUUGAAAAGGACAUUGACGAGCGCGUUCUGUUGCGCACGCCGAGAAUUUACCCUGAAUUCGUUGGGAAUGCCGUCCUGAGCUAUCGUAAAUUCUUCGAGUGGACCAUCACGGGCGUUUGGCAGGGGACCGCUGCUUACUAUGGCGUCACUCUGGCGCUCGAGCGACACCGCCCCACGGUAACCUUGUGGUGGUACGGCAUGACAAUCUACUCGCUGAUGCUGCUCCUGGUGACACUACGCAUCGCCUUUGAUAUGCGAUACUGGACAUGGAUGAGCCACGUCUGCGUGUGGGGGUCGCUGCUGGCUUAUGUCGCUUUUAAUCUCGUCGAGUCGGGUAUUCUCUUUGUGUGGGGUGAGGAGAGCUCAACGGGGGGCUACUACUGGGUCUUCUAUGAUAUGCUGGGCUCGGAGAUUUUUUGGGGCACCCUUGUGGGCAUGGCAGGCAUUGCCAUCCUGCCCCACUAUCUUUUUUCGUUGUACAUGCGAUUCUUCCGCCCAACGUUGCUGCAACAAUGUCAAGCUAGCGAAUGGGAGCAGUUGCGCGCAAUGCUUGGUGUCUUCACCUGUGAUUGCUGCGUGCCUGGGUUGUAUGGCGUUGUGAAAAAUUCCGACUAUGUUUGA